AUGUUUCCCAACAUUCACAAGUUCGUUGAUUUGGCUGCUAUAUGUCUUUUUAUGGACAAGAAUCCAAUACCCACCCUAUUGGCUGACACAUAUUAUUCCAUUCACUCUCGGCAUGGUAAAAGGGGGGCUAUUCGAGGUUGCUUGCCGCUGUUAUAUAAAUGGUUCAAAUCUCACUUGCCUGCUAGUGGUCCGUUUGUUACCUCUACUCAGAAAUGGUCUCAGAGAAUCAUGGGACUUACUGCAAACGACAUCGUAUGGUAUCAAUUCCGAACAGGCAUAUCUGAAGUCAUUAUUAGGUGUGGAAACUUUGGUAACGUCCCGCUCAUUGGGACAAGAGGAUGUAUUAACUACAACCCAGUUCUAGCUCUUCGUCAGUUGGGCUAUACCAUGAAGAAUGGGCCUUCGGAUAGGGAGAUUUACCAAUCUGUGUACUUUGAAAAGGGAGCUGACCCUGUAGCGCUUGAGGAAAUCAGGAAGGCCUGGAAUAACAUUCAUGUAGGUGAGAGGUCCACUCUGGGAGCCAAGAAUGCCAUUGCUAUGGAGCCCUACACCGUUUGGGUUAAGGAGAGAGUCAAGACACUUUUGUUGCCAUUCCAGGAAGUUCCUCUCUUGUACGCACAACCUCCGAAGAUAUCAGAAACUAUGGUAUCAAGGGAACGUUUUGACCAGGUCCGCGUCGCCAAUUUGAGACUGAAAGAGAAAGAUAGAGAUAUGGAUUUGAAGCGCUAUUUCCUUAAACAGACAAAGAAUGAACUGGCCCGUGAACUCAAAACUCUCAAAGGAGAGUCUUCUCAAGCCAAGAAGAGGGUUAGAACUGAAAAGGACGGAAUAGCUGUUGCUGCUCCUACUGAAGACCCUCAAAAGGUUAUAGAAAAGACUAUAAAGGAAGAAAAAGAGAAGCUCAGACGAGAACCACCACCAGAGUUGUUGGAUGGGGUCUCUAAUGUUCUCUAUAUUGAAACAUUGUUAUUUGUGUAUGAACCUACUCGCCUUAGGGAGCUGUUAUGA